AUGGGCUCAAAAAGGUCUCUUCUGGGCGCUUUCGCCUUGGCUCUUGGGAUCUCGGAGGUGGUUUCGUCCGUGGCGCCCACGAACACCUCGUCUCCAGACCUCACCAGACUUCCAGCGUUCAAAUCCAAGCCGAGGGUUUUCAAUCUCUCGGACAUAUCGGCCGAGGUCGAUGACACCGAGUCUCUUGUCCGGUAUCUCCUGUACUCGAACGAGGCAUUUGCAGUGGAGGCGUACGGAGAGGUCGUCGAUAACCUGAACAGCCACGUCAACCCCGAAGCUCAAUAUCAAAAUGCAAGCACACUGCUGAAUCGCGUCACAUCAGGUCCAACGGUCUUCGGAAAGGAAGCACUGUCGAUCGCCCCUACGGGCCCUGGAUCCGCGCCAACUACCCGGACAUCUUCUACAUCGUACGCGUGGAACUCGUACUACGCAUCCGCCUGGUUGGGAAUCUCUACUGCUGAGGCCGGGUCCGACUCGACCAAGGUGCCCAAGACAUGGCUGGGAGAGAACAUCAAGAUCGGUGGAGCUCUCGCCGACCAAUACCCCCUGCCCUUGUACAUCACGGAAGGAGACUCGCCCAGCUUCCUCUACCUCGUCCAAAACGGUCUCGGACACCCAGAUCAAUACUCCGACACCGUCGACCAGAUCGUCGGUGCCGACGGAGCCUCGUACACGAGCAACAAAGCCGGCGUCUACCGCUGGCGGGACCACUUCCAGAACGACUUCGCGGCCCGCAUGCAGUGGUCCGUGACCUCAGACUUCGGCAACGCGAGCCACCCGCCCGUGCCCGUCACGGUCGUGCUGGACAGCAGUGAGUCCUACGACCCGGACCACCCUGAGACCACCGAGAACCUGCAGUUCGAGUGGUACCACUACGCGGAGCCCACCGAGUAUGUCACCAGCCCGGGCGGCCUGACGCACCUCAACCUGACUGCCCUGGCGCCCCCUGAGGGCACAAAUGGCACCCUCCCGAGUAACGAUGCUGUGUUCCAGAAUUUGGUUCUUGGUGAGACUGUCGGGGUUGACAUUCCGAGUGACAAGACUGGGCUGGCGUACCACGUCAUCUGCAGGUGA